GGCGUAGCCAAGGGACCGCCGCGUGGCUCUCCUCCUCCUCCUCCACCCGGGGAAAGCGAAUAGGAGGAGCAGGCAAAGGGGGGGUGGGGGCGCGCGCUGGGACCCAGUUAGUUCGGUAGACUCCCCCCCCAAGCAAGAGGAGAUGCACGCGCGCGCGCGCUGUGCCGCACAAAAGGCUCUGCGCGCGCCAGGCAGGCAUUUAGCAGCGGGUCUAAAGUAGCCCGCCGCCCCCUUUUUUUUUUUCCCCACCGGGUUUUUUUGGGUUGUUUUUUUUUUCCUUCCCCCCUUUGUGGGCAAUCUGGGGAAGAGGGAGAGGCCGCGAUGACCUCCCCCAGGAAAGGCUUCUACCGCCAGGACAUCACCAAGACCGUCUGGGAAGUGAGGGAGCGCUACCGAGAGCUGCAGGCGGUGGGCUCGGGAGCCUACGGCGCCGUCUGUUCAGCUAUUGACCAGAAAAGUGGAAGCAAGGUGGCUAUCAAGAAGUUGUACCGCCCAUUUCAAUCAGAGCUUUUUGCCAAACGAGCCUAUCGGGAACUGCGCCUUCUGAAGCACAUGAAGCAUGAAAAUGUAAUUGGGCUUUUAGAUGUCUUCACACCAGAUUCUUCACUGGAUAAAUUUAAUGACUUCUACCUUGUCAUGCCAUUUAUGGGAACAGACUUAAGUAAAAUAAUGAAGCAUGAGAAACUAACUGAAGAUAGAAUCCAGUUCCUUGUUUACCAGAUGUUAAAGGGCCUAAAGUAUAUCCAUUCAUCUGGCAUAAUUCAUAGAGAUUUAAAACCUGGAAAUCUAGCGGUUAAUGAAGACUGCGAGUUGAAGAUUUUAGAUUUUGGGCUGGCAAGACAUACAGAUAGUGAGAUGACUGGCUAUGUGGUUACUAGGUGGUAUCGAGCCCCAGAAGUUAUACUUAAUUGGAUGCAUUAUACACAAACAGUAGAUAUCUGGUCGGUGGGGUGUAUAAUGGCUGAGAUGGUAACGGGAAGGCCCCUUUUCAAGGGCAAUGAUCAUCUGGACCAGCUUACAGAAAUUAUGAAAGUUACAGGCACACCAACUCAGGAUUUUGUUCAGAAACUACAAAGCCAAGAUGCAAAAAAUUAUAUCAAAAGCCUUCCACAAGUACAGAAAAAAGAUUUUGCUGCCAUUUUGAAAAAUGCAAACCCUUCAGCUGUGAACCUUUUGGAAAAGAUGCUGGUAUUAGACCCAGAGAAGAGAAUAACAGCAAGUGAAGCUUUGGCACAUUCUUAUUUUGAAACCAUUCAUGAUCCUGACGAGGAAAACAAAGCAGAGAAAUAUGAUGACACUUUUGACAACAUGGAUCUGCCCCUGGAUGAAUGGAAGUGUAUCACGUAUAAAGAAGUUGUAAACUUUAACCCAUUGCAAUUGGCUGAGUCAAAAGAAACGGUAGUAUAACCUCAAGCUGUGUGUUUGUUUAAAAACUGAGUAAAGAAAAGAGACUGUAAAUGUUAUAUUUAUGUAAAUGUAUAUGUAUAUAUGUAUAUAAUUGUAUAAAUCUUUUAUUAAUAAAUUAGAUGUAACCAUUUUAAUAUGAAUUUUGAAGCCGUUGUGCUCAAAACUUUUUAUAUCGUAAAUUACAGCAGUCCCUCUUAAAAGAACCUUAGCCUUAUUAUAAUAGAAACAAAACUUUUCCCCCCAAAAUGGAUAUUCAUACGAUUACCACCUCUAUUAUGAUAUUUUUCAAGGUAUGCUUCAAUUACAGAUAGUCCUUGACUUAUGACCACAGUUGGGAUCAGAAUUUCCAUCAUAAAUCAUUGUGAUUGUAAGUUGAAUUACAUCUGAUUUUAUGAUAAUUUUUACAGCCAUUAAGUGAAUCAACACAAUUGUUAAAGUGAAUCACACGAUCAGUAAGCAAAUCCAGCUUUCUCAAUGGACAUUUUUUCCCAAAAAUGACAAAAAGGUCACAAAUUGCUGCAACCAUGUGAGCCGAUUGCCAAGCAGCCCAAUUGCGAUCACAUGACUGCAGGGAUGAUGCGUUAGUCAUAAGUGAAAGUACAGAUUAUAAAUUGCUUUUCCCAAGGCUGUUGUAACUUUGAACCAUCAUUAAAUGUCAUAAGUUGAGGACUGCCUGUACGUACAUAUUGAGUCCAUUGAGCACAUUUGUUGAGAACCAGUUAUCUAUAUUUCGAAUAUUUGCUUGGAAGCUAGUGCCUUUAUAAAAGAGAUUAUAUGAUUAUGUGAAUGUUUCAUUCUGCCCCAUGAGCAUCUCUAGAAACAAUUCUGCAGGCCCUUCUCUUCUUCCUAAUUUAUAGCUUUCCUAGUAUAUAGGUUACCUAUGUGUUCAUAAUUUCUGGUACUUUAAAAAAAAAUUAUUUGAAAAACACAGCAAUUUUCUUCACUGUGUGCUCACACUCAAUAGGAAAACAACUCAUAAUGUGCAUAUUGAACAUCAGUUUCAUAGUGUUGCAGCUAGCAGUAUGGACCCUUUGAACAUGGAAAAUUUACAGUCAAAUUCCUGUAUCUUACAGUGGCCGAAAGCCCCUCAACCAGCUCUUCAAACAGAGAUUAUCUGAAACAUCAUAAUCUAAUUGCCAAACAAUUACUGAAAAUGUUUAUUCUAGAGAUCUUUAUUUUUCUACAAUAGAACUUUACAUACUUGAUUUUAAGGGGAAACAUUGGGUAGUCAGUUUUAUUUAGUCAGUUCUAAAAAAAAAGUACCGUAUUUUUCGGAGUAUAAGACACACAUUAGUUUUUGGGGAGGAAAACAAGGGAAAAAAAUUCUAUCUUUGCCUACCAGCAUCCGUCGGUAUUCAUCUGCUUAGUGUCCUUGCAGCAAAUAGCAAACAGCCCGGUCGGUUUCAACACGUUAUCGCAGCCUGAUUCAGCACGAGCAGCAGAUUGGCGGAUGGAUCGGCCUUCCGGAAUACCCCCAAUCAGCUGUUCCAGGCUGCAGGGAUUGUCACAGACCAUUGCCGCCUCCAUGCCUCGCAUUUUUGGCCUCUGUGCCUCGUGUUUUUGGCCUCUGAACGCUCCAUUUUAGACUCGUUCCAGGCUGCGGGGAUCGCCACAGCACAUCGCUGCCUCCGCGCGUUACAUUUUCAGCCUCCACACACCCCGUUUUUGGCCUCUGCAUGUCGCAUUUUCAAGCGGUUCCAAGUGGCAGGGAUCACCGCUGCCACUGAUCCCCGCCACCUGGAACUGCCCGAAAAUGCAAUACGCGGAGGCAAAAACAGGACGUGCAGAGGUCAAAAACUCAACGUGCAGAGGCGGCGAUAUACUGCGGCAAUUCCCACAGCCUGGAACAGGUCUAAAACAGCGUGUGGAGGCCAAAAACGUGACACGCUGAGGCUGAAAACAGCCGAAGGGUGGGGGCGGGAGGGCUACAUUCGGUGUAUAAGACGCAGCCAAAUUUUCACCCUCUUUGGGGGGCGGGAGUGCAUCUUAUACUCUGAAAAAUACGGUACAUGACAAGUGAAAAAAGGCAAGACAGCAUAAGAAGGUUUCUUUCAGCAUUCUUACUUUGAAAUGAAAGCGUGGAGUGGAUGUAUGUGUGUACACAUGUUCAUCUGCACUGAGUAGAUUACAUUUUGAUUAAGUCAGAUUCUCUUGUUCAGUAAUUCCUAUUGUGAUUGGCACAGGUAAUACAAGGGUUUAACUUAGUAAUAUUUCCUAGUUGUGUUGCUUUAAAUUUGAUAAACUAAUUAAAACAGGGACUUUUUUUACAUGCAAAACGUACAAUCUGUUUGGUUUCUGCCAUGUCUAUGCUGAAUUUUAUCUAAAUUCACUGCUUUGUUUUUGCAUAUUUGUUUUUCUGUGCGGGGUUCUUUCAAUGAAAGAAAUCUAGAAUCCCAAACUCAACCUUCUGUAACUGUGAAUAUGCUCCUUUAAAAAAACAUGUAUGAAAAAUGGUUAAUGAUUAUUGAAAUAAUCCAUCUCUCUGGUGAAAAUAAGCCUUCAUAAGAUAUGACUGUUGACUUGGAAAUAUAGCAUGCCAUUCCUUUUACUUAUCAAUUCUGUUGAUGCUGAGAAACUCAGGAAUAAAAAAAAACAGUAACUCUUUCCUUUUAAAAUUAAAUGUAAAUACAAGUGUGUUGUAAAUUAAAUGUAUUGUAAAUUCUUUGCAAUGCUUUGUCUACCUCCAACUUCAAUAAAUAACAGUAAUAAUG